AUUCUGCUCCGCUAGCUGUCUUUUUUUCGUUAUUUUUUUCUCAACAAUAACCCGAAGGCGAAGAAAAAUAUCAGCAAAUCGGCGGAACAAAACAGAAUUUCCACAUUUUUGCGACCACCAGGGCCCGGAUCGAUAAGUGAUGAAUGAGAGAAUGUGCAAACAGCGUGCCCCGUUGUACGAUAUGAAUGCAGCAGAAGGAUUAAUGCCGCUCAUACAAGCACUCAUCAAACCUCCCGAAUCGACGGAUUCCCUCGGCAGGACGGGGCUACGACGAUCAAGCCAUCCGUACUAUCGAAGACCGGGCCGGGGGCAUAACAACGAUACGUGCGACGCGUGCAAGGAGGGUGGAGACUUGCUGUGCUGCGAUCGGUGUCCCUCCAGCUUCCAUCUCGGUUGUCACGAUCCGCCACUCUCCGAGCAGGAAAUCCCUCACGGCCAAUGGGUUUGCCAUACGUGCAAAUGUAAAGCGAUCGACGAUCCUCUCGGAACGACCGAACGAGCGCAGCUCCGUGACCGAAGCCUAUCGCACAAGAGUUCCAAUUCCAGCGGAUCCUCCAGUGGUAAGGUAUCGAUCGACGGUGAUCAUAAUGAUGGUGGAAGUGGUGGAAUGUAUAGUGCACCGGCAUCCCCACCACCACCACAACAACCGUUAGCACCGGCAGCACAGUUACUGCCCAUGGAAAGCCAUUCGUCCGACGAUACUCCGAUGCCAGAAUCCGUGCACCCCGUCGUUCGCGCCGAACAGCACGAGGAACGAGCGUCGAUGGAAGCCAUGUUUCCGGAAGCGAUGGACGUGGCAGAGGUAGACGAUGAGGAGGAAGAGGAAGACGACGAAGAGGAAUUCAAGCCCAAUACUCCGCUCGACUACCUGAUACGAGCGGCGAAAAUAUUGAAUCCGAAGCAGUUUGAGCUGCCGAGUGACUAUGAAGUGAACUUCCCGUUUCCCGGUACGGAAAAGCCGGAAUAUGGAAAGUUCGGCAACGGGAAGCGGGCGAAGCUGCGUAAAAUGCACGAACUGGACUGCCAAGGGUUGGUGCCAUUGCCCGCCCGAACUUGCCAUGUUUGUGGCGCUUCCUGUCGCAAGGCACCGCUGGUCGCAUGCGACUAUUGCGAUCUGCUUUUCCAUCAGGAUUGCCUUGAUCCGCCGCUUACUGCGUUACCCACAGCGAUGUGGAUGUGCCCGAAUCACGUGGAGCAGUUCGUUGAUUGGAAGUUGGUUAACUCUGUGUCGGCUUCUGAACGCAUCCGGUUGUGGAACCAGUUCAAUGGUGACGUGGAUCACGAACUAGUAAAGACGGAGUUCAUUCGAAUGGUUCACCGGAAGAAUCCUCCGUUUCGGUUUAAGCAAAAGUUGCGGCAACGACCGAAGUUCAUUGUUCCACCAGCGAUCGAGCACAUGUACCGCAAUCCACCGCCAUUGCUACCCUCGCUCAAGACGUUUCUGCGAUCGCGGAACGUGAACCGUUCGGUGCACUUCGAGGAUGCUCGCAUCCGGUACGAUGACCAAACGCUGCUGGGCAUAGUGGAAAAGGAAAUCAAGGAUAUAGAGGAAGCAGAUGAAAAGCUCGGUUUUGAAAACGAGAACAGCGACGACAGCAUCAGCGAGGAUGAAAAGGAAUCAUCAAAACAACCGGCAACGACGGGGAAUUCCAGUACGACUGGGGAGCAAAUCGGGAACGAUAGUGAGAACAAUAAAUUGAAAGAAAAUAAUCAGGAGCCAGCAGGAGACCAGUUGGUAGGGGAAAGUGGCAGUAACUUGGGGGAUUUAGAAUCUAUAAAAUCAGACAUAACAACCGAGGAUCACGCGUGUACGGUUGAUUUCCAUCAGAGAUCUCCAACAGAUAUCCAAUCGAAUGAAGUUGAUAGUGAGCUAAACGGUCUGGACGAGGGAUUAGUACGGCUUCUAGCGGUUCAGCGGCUAAAACAGAUCAUUGCCGAACAUCCUUCCUAUGUUAAUAAGACUGGAUCGAGCGACUGCACUCGGAAUGAUUCGAUCGAACGGUUAUCACAACAGGAAGAUUUGAAAAAGAUACCACUACCGAGUGAACUGCUCACAAAGGAUGAUAUCGAGCGGAUAGCUCGUGAAUUCACUAACCCAAAUGGUACCUCAAACAGUGGCAUGAUUGCUCUCAAAAAGGAACUGUCGAAUGAUGCCCGUCUGAAUGGAGAAUCUACAGGACAGCCAAAUGUUGCGGUCACAACGCCAGUGAUGCCUGGGAUCGAUCAGCACCUCCUCACAACGUCCAGCACAGUGGCCAGCAAGAGGGGGACCGGCCUUAAUCAUCUGAUGGAGCGCAUCGAAAGGCAAGUGCAGCAACAGAAGAUACGUGUUCGGGCUGCCCUGACCUGGAUCGAUCUGGAGGAGGAUGGUUAUUUCACCUUCGAAAAGGUUGACGCGAAUGAUGCGAUAUGCAUGUCCUACCGUUCAUUUACUAUCGGAUCCGGGCCCGGUAACGAUGUUACGCUAGCAAAGUACGGUGAUUGUUGCUGUACUUCUAGCCGACAUGCGAUCAUAUUUUACGAUGAGGUGACGCAAAUGUUCGAACUGAUCAACUACUCCGAGUAUGGGACGGAAGUGAAUGGCCAGUUGUACGGUUGCGAUUUCAGCGACCAUUCAUCCUGGCGGAAGACGGAGGCGAAAGAGUCAUGCCGCUCCGGUGCGACCGCUCAUCGCAAGAAAAACGGACGCAACGAGGACGGUACGGUGCAGGAUGAGUCGCCAUCGCCCGGAACAGCGGCCAGCAACGCGAAGAACGAACAACUCAGGCAAGAGGUACAGAGUAUUCUGUCGAAAUCCCGCAAACCGAACACGUUGGAAGAAUUUUACGCCACUACUUUCAUGGCGGAUGCUUCGAUACCGGCAUGCAAAUGUUCGCCUGACCGACGAAUCCCGGUACUGGUCAACGGAUGGGAAGGCAGUGCGAUACUGUAUCACGGAGCCCUGCUCCGUUUCGGUUGCCACGCGUUCGUCUUCACGAUCGUUGAUUACGAUGAGGGUGAGGAUGAGUUUGAUGAUUCGUACCAGGACAGCGAUAGCGACGAAUGACGCCACGGUCAACACCUGCCAUUCA